AUGAAACCAAGAUUAAUACUACUGAUCAGACACGGCGAAAGUGAGUCCAACAAGGACAAGAAGGUGAACGAACACACACCCAACCACUUAAUCCCGCUAACCAAGAACGGAAUGAACCAGGCCCGAAUGGCUGGUAUAGAGAUAUUGAAGCUGUUGAACGUUGACGAUGAUUCCCUCAUCCAAAAGAUUGAGCAAGAACAAGAUCACCCAGACGACAGGAAGAAGCUCGAACAAAACUACAAACGAGUGAGAACGUCAAAGGAUACGGAUAUCGUGUUCUACACUUCCCCGUACCGCCGUACGCGUGAAACGUUGAAAGGAAUAAUCGAAAUGAUCGACCGGUACAACGAGCUAAAUACCGGAAUAAAAGUGUGCGAGGGCGAGUCGUACCAGCCGUUAGGCACACGCCGUUUGGCACAUUGGCAGUGUCCAGCGUUUCCAAGUGCUGUGUUUGAAAAUAGCGCCAGUGUUACCAACUUGAGGAAAGUCCAUACUACAGGAGUGCCAACCACGACCGAUUCUUCUACCUCGGACCAAAACCAAAACCAAAAGAACUUUCUACAUUACAGGGUCAAGGAAGAGCCUCGAAUCAGAGAACAGGAUUUCGGCAACUUCCAGCAGACAGAGUCCAUGACAGAGGUCAUGAACACGCGUGCGAACUACGGCCACUUCUUCUUCAGAUUGCCGCAGGGCGAAUCUGCCGCUGAUGUUUACGACCGGUGUUCCGGUUUCCAAGAGUCCCUAUUCCGCCAUUUCGAGAGAAGCGGCGGCAAGAAGAGAGAUGUGGUCGCAAUUGUCACCCACGGGAUAUUCUUGCGUGUGUUCUUGAUGAAAUGGUUUAGAUGGACUUACGAGGAGUUUGAGUCGCUCAUGAACGUGCCGAACGGAAGCGUCAUCAUCAUGGAGCUGGACGAAACGCUCGACCGCUACGUGUUGCGCACCAAGCUCCCCAAAUGGACCACAACGGGGUGCGAUGAUGCCGCGGCGGGGGCGUCAACCUCGGGCUCGAACUCUUCUUGCGCGCAGAAACACUGUCAAUGCGAGCCCACCGCGAUCGUCUGA